AUGACUCUUAUACUUGUGUAUGUCGAUGAUAUAAUCAUCACUGUGUCAACAAGGUCUGUCAAUUCAUGGCCAACCCUCAACAUACUCAUUGGGAUGCAGUCAAAAAGAAUACUGAGAUAUCUCAAUGGUACAGUUUCACAUGGUUUGAACUUCAAAUGUCCCAAAGAUUAUGAUGUCACUGCCUUUUGUGAUGCUGAUUGGGCUAGUGAUCCAGAUGAUCAAAGAUCAACAUCAGGCUUUACCAUUUUUCUUGGUCCUAAUCUGGUUGCUUGGCAAUGCAAGAAAUAA